AUAGAGAAACGCAAGCUCACACGGCGGCGCCGAGCACAGGCCUUCCUGAUGCGAUGGCCAAGGAUGUUUGGCUCAAACUAUCCUCCUCAUCCUCGCAAUACCACACAUUCGCAAGCUGGCAUAUCGCAUACAAUAGCAAUGCGAGUAAUGGGCAUUUAACCGAGCUACUUAUCAAUGCUUUUACCACAACUAAUGUGGAAUCUGCGUCACAAGCAACCUAUCAAGUGGUGCUCCCUGUGUUCUAUGAAGAAAAACUCGUCGCGAAAUCCAAGAGAUGUCUGAAGACGAGCACCAUCAACACACCUUGGGGAGAGCCAGGUUCCCCUGGAAGUCAAGUGGAGAUCGUGUUCUUUCCACAGAGGUUGAAUAAGUUAUACGAAGACAUUUAGUUCUGUGGACGAGGAAAUGGAACGGGCAAAAUGUAUAACUCUCAAAUCGAUAUGGUUUCGGGGAUGGGGUCACUUUCCCGAGUUCGCGGGGAAUAACACGGACGGAAACAGCAUCAUAGUCGCCGAUACCACCAAAGUCAAUUACGAUGCAUAAAUGCCUUGACCUCGGC